AUGUCUGGUAGAGGAAAGGGUGGAAAGGGUCUAGGCAAGGGUGGUGCCAAGCGCCAUCGCAAGGUUCUUCGCGACAACAUCCAGGGCAUCACCAAGCCCGCCAUCCGCCGCCUGGCCCGACGCGGUGGUGUCAAGCGAAUCUCCGGCCUCAUUUACGAGGAGACCCGCGGUGUGCUGAAGGUGUUCCUGGAGAACGUGAUCCGGGACGCCGUCACCUACACUGAGCACGCUAAGCGUAAGACCGUCACCGCCAUGGAUGUGGUCUACGCGCUCAAGCGCCAGGGCCGCACCCUGUAUGGCUUUGGAGGCUAA